ACAAAGAUGGGCGUUCAGAAAUUUUCGUUGCAUAUGAUGACAUCGACUAUGUAGAUGUGCUGGUUACAUACGACACCGGAUCUUUCAGUAAUCACCUUAAAUAUUCAACUGGAAAUUGGCCCAAAUCUGUAGCUCUUGGCGAUUUUAAUAAUGACAACAAGCUUGAUAUGGUCGUCGCUAAUAAAGCAGACAACACUGUUGGCUUACUUCGGGGAUAUGGGAAUGGUUCUUUCACUAAUCAAACGACAUACUCAACUGGUUCUUACCCAUUCUCUGUAGCUGUUGGCGAUUUUAACAACGACACCAAUCUGGAUAUCGUCGUCGCUAAUAGACGUGACAACUAUAUAAGUGUCCUUCUCGGAUAUGAUAAUGGCUCCUUUACAAAUCAAACGAAAUAUUCAACUGGAUCUGGCGAAUUAUCUGUAGCUAUUGGUGACCUUAACAACGACGCUCGACUGGAUAUCGUCGUCGCUAAUGAUGACAACACUGUAAGUGUUCUUCUAGGAUAUGGAAAUGGCUCUUUUGCAAAUCAAACUAAAUAUUCAACAGGUUAUAGACCAUGGCCUGUAACUGUUGGUGAUUUUAAUAACGAUACUCGAUUGGAUAUCGUCGUUGCUAAUUUUGGUGACAACACUGUAAGUGUUCUUCUUGGAUAUGGUAAUGGCUCCUUUGCAAAUCAAAUGACAUAUUCAACUGGUGCUGCGCCAGGAUCUGUAGCUGUUGGUGAUUUUAACAACGACACCCAUCUGGAUCUCGUCGUCACUAAUUAUGAUGACAACACUGUAAGUGUACUUAUCGGAUAUGGCAAUGGUUCUUUCACAAAUCAAACGAAAUAUUCAACUGGCUCUGGACCAAGUUCUGUAGCUAUUGAUGAUUUUAAUAAUGACAACCGACUGGAUAUCGUCGUCACUAAUUGGAAUGACAACACUAUGAGUGUCCUUCUUGGAUACGGCAAUGGUGUUUUUACAAAUCAAAUGAUCUAUUCAACUGGCACUAGUACUUCAUCUGUAGCUGUUGGCGAUUUUAAUAAUGACACCCGAUUGGAUAUCGUCGUCUCUAAUGAUAAUGGGCAAAGUGUCAGUGUAUAUCUGGGAUAUCCUAAUGAAGGUUUUCUUAAGCAAAUGAGACUCAUAACUGGGAAUGGAUCUC